AUCAGGCGAAGAAGGAGAAAAGCGGUGGGAUUCUUGGAGCCAAAACAUUGACGUCGCACAAACAAAGAAGCCGGGAUCAACACACUUUUUUGUAACCUCGCAAUUAAUUACAAUUACAAGCAACAGGCAAUUAAAAAUUAACAAGCGUAGCGUUUUUUCUCCAGAUUUCGCCCGAUUUUCGUCACACAGUUGGUCACGAUACCGUCUCCAAUACAUGAACCGUUUUCUCAAAUCUCUACACCAAUUUACCAAAGUUCAUAAUUUCGCCAUGUCGUCGUCGCCCUUCUCUUCACCCACGAAGCAAUCCGUUCCGUCGUCACCCUUCGCCUCACCCUCGAAAAAAUCCGUUCCGUCGUCGCCCUUCUCUACACCCACGAAACGAUGUGUUCCGUCGACAUCUGCAACCCCUCCUCCCCCUUCGUCACCAAGCGUACACGCAAUUUUGUCCACUCUCCCACCAACGCCCCCACCACGUUCUCCCGUUUUCACUUAUCCUACCUCGUCCCCACAAAAACUAUCUCCCCCUUCCCCCAAGAGGAAGCCAUACCUCACCAUUUCCAUCGACGGCAACAUCUCUUCCGGAAAAUCUACACUCGUCGCCACCCUCAACUCGUUGCUUCCUGCGGAAUUUGCAUUUGGAGUCGACACGAUUCCGGAGCCUCUACAAAAGUGGAUCGACGUGGGGGGCAAACACAACCUUCUCGACAUGCUCUACAAGGACACGGUCAAGAACAACUUUAUCUUCCAGCAUUAUGUCCAGCUAACUCGCGUCAUUGACACCCUCUCCGCCUCACCAGCUCCGGAGGAAGGGCAGAUUGGGCGAAUUAGGGUGAUGGAGAGGUCAAUCCAAAAUAAUAGGUACUGCUUCUCCGUCCUCGCGGCUCGCCAAGGGACCCUGCAUCCUGCCGAGUUUUCUGUAAUUGCAGAGUGGUAUUCUUGGCUGGCGGCAAACGUGGAGUUGCCGCUUGACCUCAUUCUCUAUCUGCGUACUGACCCAGCCGUCGUGUUUGAGCGGAUGCAGGCACGAGGACGUAGCGAGGAGGCCACCGUUCCUCUUGCUUAUCUCUCCGACUUACAUGACGCCUACGAGGACUGGCUCGUACACGGUAAAAUUGAGGAGGAGGACGGCCCACGCACCUACAAGGUCAUCGUCAUCGACGCCAACCAGUCCAAGUCCGACGUCGCGGAGCAAUGUCGUCAAAAAAUUUCGGAAUUCAUUCGGGAAACGAUUGCCGAGCGGGCGAAAAAAUUAGAGGCAGCAAGUGACGAUGCUUUAGAACAGGAAAAGGAUGAAAACGACCUGGACACGGCUGACAAACAAGCAGUGGUUGACCUAACAGGGCUGAAGGUUGUAAACGAUUGUGAAAAUGGGGAGAAUUUGGACCCUGUGACGAGUCCCCGUAAAGGUCAUGAUGCUGUUCUCUCGUCUCCAACCAAGAAACCUAAACUGACCCCUUGAGCGUAAUAAUUACACCAAAAAAAUAAGCAUAAUUACCAAAACUAUGUAAUACUUAUUAAUGAAAUAGUUAGCUAACGGCCAAAGUUGCAUAAUUUUAUUAUACGUAAAAAUUAUCUUGUACCCCUCAUUUAUUAGUUAAAUGAAUUUCAUAAUUCUAAUUUAUACUCUACAACUAACCUGUGCCUUAAUUAUAAAUGUUUACCUCAAAACCAAUUAACUAGUUACUCACAUGCAUUUGUAAUUACCACUAUAAUUAAAAUUAGAAUUAUUAAAAUUGAGACAUUUUCAUACUGAAAAAAA